AUGGGGAAGAUCAUCUUCUAUGAGGACGAGAACUUCUCCGGGCGUCAGUUCGAGUGCAGCGAUGACUGCUCGGACCUGAUGUGCCUCCUCAGCUGCUGCAGCUCGGUCCGGGUGGAGAGCGGCUGCUUCAUGAUCUACGAGGAACCCAACUACUCUGGAAACCAGUACUACCUGCGGAGGGGGGAGUAUCCCGACUUCCAUCACUGGAUGGGCAUCGGCGACUCCGUCAGCUCCUGUCGCCUCAUCCUCAUGGAGCCCUGCUUGUUCAACUUGCGCCUGUACGAGCGAAUCGAGUUCGGAGGCCAGAUGAUGGACCUGGUGGACGACUGCCCGUGCGUCAGGGACCGAUUCCACGUCAACAACAUCUUCUCCUGCAACGUCGCCAACGGCAACUGGCUCUUCUACGAGCAGCCGCACUACAGGGGGCGGAUGUACCUGAUCCGGCCCGGGGACUACAAGAGGUUCAGCGAGUGGGGGGGCAGGAACGCCAGGGUCGGCUCCAUCAGACGCAUCAUGGACUACUGA